AGGAUGUCUGCUUGGGCUGAGGUAAGACAACUACAGGAAGAGCUCUACAAUGUACAACUUGAGGCAACCAAAAACAAACUGUCUGAACGGAACUGUGUGGCAGUGAUACAGCGUCUCAUUAAUCUAGGUUGGCUGGAAGUGGUUUACUCGUGUGAUGGUAAAGAGUACAUCACUCCCAAACAGCUGGAGAAAGAUAUCCUAGAUGAGCUGUACGUGUGUGGUGGAAGAGUUGCAAUGACUGACUUAGCUCAAACCCUUAAUGUGGACUACUCUCACGUGGAGAAGAAAGUAAAUGAGUUGUUGUCCCAUGACACUAAGCUCUCUAUUCACUAUGGAGAGCUGAUAAGCAAGCAAUUCUUCGAUAACCUUGCCAUUGAAAUUAAUGAAACUCUGCAAGAAACAGGGCUACUUCCUUUGACCCAGUUGAGUAGGGAGGUCUCCCUGCCGGUGUCAACUCUUGCAAAGGAGCUGGUUCCCAGGGUAGGUGACCUUAUCAUCGGAACAUACGACAAGAAGACCGACACUCUCUUCACAACUGCAUUUGUUGAUCGACAAGCUGCAAAGCUGCGGGGAGCCUGUAGUGCUGCGACUCGACCAGUACAUUUGGGGAAAAUAAUGGAAGUUCACGGAAUAACUGCAUCCCUUGGUCAUAGUUGUGUAAAAGAUAUGAUAAGCUCAGGACGUCUUAAAGGACAACUACAGGGUCACAGCACUAACCCAGUCUUUAUACCAUCUCUGUAUACCUCCGCUCAAAAUCAGUGGGCUGAUAGUUUCUACAAACAGAAUGGAUACAUAACGUUUGAGAUGAUGCAGAACAAGGGUAUUGAUAAUCCUCACUCUGUUAUCGCUAGGUUUGUGGACUCUGUUAGUCUUUCAUCAGGGUGUGUAAGUGAAGGUGCUAUAGUUGGUGUUCAAUCCAUUGUUGAGGAGGCUGUCGCAACAGACACCUACAUUGAGCUUAUAGAUUGGAUGUUUGAUUGGUGUAAUGAAGCUGACGAAGAGGAGGUGUUGGGUUUAGUGCUUGCCAACUCUACAGCUGACUUGUUUAGAAUACUACCCAGCAAAGCAGUGGUCUCCGUGAGCCUUCUUAAUAAAUUAUUAUCUUCGUUUGAUAGUAAGAUUGCUGAACAAGUCAAGUCAGAUGCUGUAAAUCCAAAAAUCUUGGCAACUUUUAAAAAGUUCGAUAAUGCUGCAGCUUCUGCUGAGAUAAAGACCGUAAAGAAAGCAAAAGGUGGUAAGAAAGGGAAGAAAGGACGUGCCAGAGACGAUGAUGAUGAAGAAUUUACACCUCCCAAACCAGCACUUGGCCCAACUUAUCUCAGUGCUCAACAAAUAGAGGAUGACAUCAAAGAUCUGCAGUUUUUCAUGGACAAUGAGCCAAAGGAGGAUACUACUCUUGCCGAGAUAAGCGAACUACUGAAGAAAGAACUCAAUGAUAAAUACUGUAAAGCACUCGACGAAGAAGUGAGGAAGAAAACCAUGAAAUCGAGCAAGUCUCAACAGAAAGCAGACGAGGACACAAUCAAUAUUCUCUACAACACUGUUAUACUCUGUGAAAAAGGUCUCAAAGUAUUUGAAGAUCCUACGAUCAGGGCCCAGAUCGAGAAGCACAUACUAAAGACUCUCUGUCUAGAACUGACUAAAGCCACAUUUUCCAAACUUGCUGAAGAAACGGGCUGUCCGUUUCAGGGGGAUAACUUAAAACUGGACUCAAUUGUUGGUUACUUGCCUAAAAAUGCGAAGCAGUUUGCUACAUCUAUCAUUACAUCGGUUACUUCAGGAACUGACGUUGAAGAGUUUAUACAGAGCUACACAGAGCUGACUGACCCUCAAUUUACCCAACUUCUUGUCAGAAAGCUGGACAAGAAGAAGGAGCGAAACAUGGUCUUCAGCAAAAAACAGGCACUUCUAGAACAACUGAAAACUGAACAGAACUCGGCUGAUCUAUUAAACAUCUCAUGUAAUUUAAUCUUCAUCAAGCAGCACUCUACUUUACUCCAUGUACCGGGCCGGUGUAUUUCAUCCGUCGUUAAACUGAUCUCUAAAGACUUUACUGGACCCCAACUGGAGACAAUAAACAGAAGUCUGAGUAGUGUUGUGACGGAGCUAAAAGGGGAGGGUGCAAUGUCAGGGGAAGACAAACAGGCUUUAAGAGACUUAGUUUCUGAAAUCCUCUUCGGAAAACAGGUCAAUGAGGUGACUGAACUAUAGAUAAUAGAUAUAUAUAAAGUUGCAUAUUUUGGAGAUAAAUGUUACAUUCUGCAUAUUGAUCAUGGUAAUGUACCCCAACUUGUAAUGACUAGAGAUAUUGUUUAUGUCUGAUCAAAUCGGUAGUUUUGAUGGCAAUAUAAUUUGAUUUUCAGUUAAAUAGUUUAGUAAUUGAAAUGUUCAGAUUUGGUGGUGUUUACGUAAAUAUGUUAAUUUUCUUGAAACGUCACGUACAUCAUUAAUAAUAUUGACAAAACAGAUUAAGAAUUGUUAAUUAGAGUUUCUAAUUUAUUGGGUAAAAAGUUUUUAAAGUAUGUUAAUUCUUUGAA